UCAGAUCCAGCCCCAUGUAGGUGUCUCCCAGCCUGCGAGCACAGAGGAUCAGUCAUCCACAGCAGAGUUAACGGUGCAGACCCAGGAGCCCAGACCAUGAGGGAGAUCGUACACAUCCAGGCCGGUCAGUGCGGCAACCAGAUCGGGACCAAGUUUUGGGAAGUGAUCAGCGAUGAGCAUGGCAUCGAUCCAGCAGGAAGCUAUGUCGGUGAUUCAGCCCUACAGCUUGAGAGGAUUAACGUGUACUACAAUGAAUCAUCCUCUCAGAAAUAUGUACCUAGAGCAGUACUUGUUGACCUGGAACCAGGUACUAUGGAUAGUGUCAGGUCUGGCCCAUUUGGACAACUCUUCCGACCCGACAAUUUUAUUUUCGGACAAACUGGAGCAGGGAAUAACUGGGCCAAAGGACAUUACACCGAAGGCGCAGAGCUGGUAGAUUCAGUUCUGGAUGUAGUCAGAAAGGAAUGUGAACAUUGUGACUGUCUGCAAGGUUUCCAGCUCACACAUUCUCUUGGAGGUGGAACAGGCUCUGGCAUGGGCACACUACUCAUAAGCAAAAUAAGGGAAGAAUAUCCUGAUCGAAUAAUGAACACAUUCAGUGUCAUGCCUUCCCCUAAAGUAUCAGACACAGUUGUAGAGCCAUAUAAUGCCACCUUGUCUGUGCACCAACUGGUGGAGAAUACAGAUGAAACAUAUUGUAUCGACAAUGAAGCCUUGUAUGACAUUUGCUUCCGUACUCUGAAGUUAACCACGCCAACCUAUGGUGAUCUCAAUCAUCUAGUGUCCGCCACGAUGAGCGGGGUAACCACCUCAUUACGUUUUCCAGGUCAGCUUAAUGCAGAUCUUCGAAAGCUAGCUGUGAAUAUGGUCCCAUUCCCACGUCUUCAUUUCUUCAUGCCUGGCUUUGCACCUCUAACAGCUAGAGGAAGCCAACAAUAUCGAGCACUCACAGUACCUGAACUUACUCAGCAGAUGUUUGAUGCCAAGAACAUGAUGGCUGCUUGUGACCCACGCCAUGGUCGAUAUCUAACAGUAGCUACAGUCUUUAGAGGGCCAAUGUCCAUGAAGGAGGUAGAUGAGCAGAUGCUAGCAGUGCAAAACAAAAACAGCAGUUACUUCGUAGAAUGGAUUCCAAAUAAUGUCAAGGUGGCCGUAUGUGACAUUGCACCUAGAGGUCUUAAAAUGGCUUCAACAUUCAUUGGGAACAGCACCGCAAUUCAAGAAUUAUUUAAAAGAAUCUCAGAGCAGUUUUCUGCCAUGUUUAGAAGGAAGGCCUUUCUACACUGGUUCACUGGUGAAGGUAUGGAUGAGAUGGAGUUCACAGAGGCAGAGAGCAACAUGAAUGACCUAGUGUCAGAGUACCAGCAGUAUCAAGAAGCUACAGCCAACGAUGGUGAGGAAGCAUUUGAGGAGGAUGAGGAAGAAAUCCAUGAAUAGAACUAAAUCUUCUGGUAACCAUACUAAAUCAAAGAAUACAAUGUUACUAUAGUUUCCAUGUACUGUAAAAGUGAGCUGCCGUUGUGGUGCUGCAAUGAAAGUUGAGAGUCAAGGAAAGUGAGUCACUCAUCUGUACGGACAAGGUCUUAUCAGGCCAGUGUCAGAAUAAAAUUUGGCACUGUGCUUAAAUAUUUUUUGGAAAAUUUUGUAUAGGUUUCCUCAAUUUUAAUACAGUCAAAUCCAUGUACUUUGCAAAAGUAAUGUGGUUUAAUAAAAAAAAUAUCCCAGUA